UGCGGGGCGAAGCGGCGGCGGCUGCCGGCGGGGCUGGAGGGCGGCGGCACAAGCACCCGCGCGGGGCGCACGCUGAGCUGCGGGCACGGGCGAGCGCAGCUCAGCGCGUCAUGCCCGACGCUUGCGGCCCCGCGCCCGGCCCAAUGGCUGCGCACUCGCGUCCGCCGCGCUACGCGAGUGAGCCCGGGCUGCGGGCAGCGCUGGCCAUGACUCAGCAGACCGCGACCUGGCACGGACUUGGCCGCGGGUAGCCCACCCCGCCCUCCCCGGGCGCCCCCGCCCCCACCCGUGCGCAGCCCCCGGGCGCGGCCCCGCCGGAGACGCGGCGGACGGGGAGGGGCAGCGCCGCCGGCAACUGAGCCACCCGGACUCUGCGCAUCGUCCCACGGCCACCGCCGGCCUCUGCAUCCCCGAAGCCGGGAGCACGUGGGGCGGGGCGGGGACGCGGCGGCCCGCGGGGGGCGGGCGUGGGGCGUCGCGGCGGGGGCUCAGCGGAUGACAUCACGGCCGAGCUGCGGCAGCGCGGGCGCGCGGACAUGGCUGCUACGGCUCCGGCGGCAGCCGCGGGCUGCGCCCGGGCCUGAGCGCCCAGCGCCAUCCCGCGGGGCCGCCCGCCGGUCCGCACUGUCCGGGGGGCACGGGCCGGGCGCCCUCCGUUCCCGGACGCCCGGGCUGCCACCUCUCCAGCCUCCCGUGCCCAGAUCGCUGGAAGCCCGGCGACAGGGGGCGCCCCGGAGCCACGGGGAGACCGCGAGGCGCCGACUGGAGCCUGCAGGCGGUGCUGCCCCUGCCUCCCACCUCCCCGCGCCCCACCCCGAGGCUGGGGCUUCGGAGGAUGCAGCUGGGAAAAACAUUAACUUUUGGACUACGUCCAGAGUAGCACCAUCUCAUGGGCAUUCCCUCCUCCUACAAUUUCAGAAAACCUUUGGUAACUAACUAAGAAAAUGCAGAAGAUCUUGCAAACAGAGGAAAUUACCAAUACCCAAGCUCUUAGAAAAGGAAAGAGGAAAAGGACGGAGACGAUGGACUCAGAGAAUGCGAACAGUGACCUGGAUAAAGGGCAGAGAGACCCAUAUUCGGGAAAUGCCUUUCUGCCCGGUGAGAGCUCCAGUGAGGAUGAAGAGCCUCUAGCAGAAUUGUCGAAGGAGGAAUUGUGCACAAAAAUAAGAGGCCUGAAACAAAAACUAACAAACAUCCGGAAAGAAAACAGCCGCCUUCGACAGUCUUUGGUCAUGCUUCAAGUUUUACCACAGGCCGUCACCCAGUUUGAAGAAUUGGUUGGUAUGGCGGAGGCCCUGCUCAAGGGUGGAGGAACCCUGUCCACGUCUGCGUCCACCCUCUGGAGAGCAACAAAUAACUCCUCACCAGAUUCAUUUGCCUCCACAUGUAGUAAUUCUAAUUCUAAUUACAGUUCACCAAUUUCCUUGAAAGCUGAGGAGGAGCAUCACGUGGAUGAGAAACAGUUCAAGAUUGAAAAAUGGCAGAUUGCCCGUUGCAACAAGAGCAAGCCUCAGAAGUUUAUUAAUGAUUUAAUGCAAGUGCUCUACACAAAUGAGUACAUGGCCACACACAGCCUGACGGGGGCAAAAUCCUCUACUUCAAGGGACAAGGCAGUGAAACCAGCUAUGAAUCAGAAUGAAGUUCAAGAAAUCAUAGGAAUCACAAAACAAUUAUUUCCCAACACAGAUGAUGUUUCAAUUAGGAGAAUGAUAGGGCAAAAGCUAAACAAUUGUACCAAGAAGCCAUAUUUGAGCAAAAAUCUGAACUCUCAGGAUAUUAAGUAGAUCCUUUCGGUAUUAUAGUUACCUGAAACAAAAGAACCUUCAGUAGUAAAUCUAACAUAGGAUUUUGCUGGAGACUCUGCAGCCUCCCUGGCAGUGAGCACAGGGACAGGUGCAGUGAGUGACAGCCUGGGAGAAACCUGCGACAUUGUUGGGCUGCCCUGAUGGAGCACAAGCUUGUGAAGAAGCUGCAUGUAGAUUUCACCCUCAGUACCAGUGAGGCAUCAAACCAGAGAAUUUCUAGCAGGCCCGUGAGCAUGCAAUAUGGUUUCUUGGAAAUAUGCACUUUCCCACCCCAAAGUGGUCCUUUGUACAGCUAAACUAACAGGACAAUCAGGGCUCUUAUCCUAGCAACAAAAACUUUAACCCCUAAGAUUCAUCAUUGUUCUAAUCAAUCCCUGUACGUUUAUUAUUACCAAUGACUCUCCAUUUUAGCUUUUGGAUCUUUAGUAUAAGCACAUGUUUGGAAAAGUGAACAGUGAAAUAAUCAAUGUUCACAAACAUGACAGCAGCAAAAUCAGCCUAAAAUCUGAUAAUCAUAUCUAAUGAAGUAAUAGAGUUUUGGCAAUAAGAUUACAGGAUUAUUCUGUUACAUAAAAUUGUAUAAAAUAAGAAUCUGAAAAGAUGAGAACAGCAAGACAUUUUUAUUUGAAUAUUAAACUAUUCCACUGUGCUCCUGAAAAAGAAAUAAACCCAAGUUUUCUUGAUUGCUAAAACAAUGCAUCAACUUUUUAAAAAAUCUUUUUUCAUGUUUGUUUGUUUACAUGCUUCUAACUUUUUAUUGCCCAAAGUAUAUUAAAUAUGCAUGUGUAAUACAAAACAUCAAACUGCUACAUUGCUUAGUUUUAACUGAUUUGUUUUCAUAGUAUCAGAAGAGAAAAUAAUUGAAAACAAAAUCAUAUGGGUUUAGUAAUCACACAUAUAUACAAAUACCAUUUUGUAAAUGAAUAAAAGAUAAAACAUUCUUUAUCAACAGGCUUCUCGUUUGAUAUCAGGUUGUCACACGUGACAACUGUACAAUGUCAAGCCAUGAUUCUUCAGUGCACAAGGCCAUGUUCAAACUUGGAAAGGAGGAUGAAUAUGAUGGUUAAAAAGUCCAGCACUGUGGACCCAGGAACAUUCCAUAAAUGUUGCUUGAUAACAAUGUGGUUGUACAAAAUAAAUAUUCUUAAGGCAAUAACUUAUGUUAACAUUUGCUACUUUUACUUAAAUAUAAAUAA